AGCUUCGCAACAUGUGGUGGAACAUCGCUUGCGGCUCUCCAGCUUCAAACUGCCUGUCGACGGCGAGGAGUCGAGCUCGACUUCACUCACUUGCUAUCAGAAGCAAGUCUGAGCGAGGUCAUCAACAGAGCCAAAGUUUCCACUUCCGACCCGGUCACCCCAGACAAGAUGCGUCACGGCGACGUCGCGUGUACAGCAUCGGCACCGAGAUCGACAAUGGUAACCCACGACUUGGACGCUGAGCAGGACGCCGCCGAAUUCAACGACCUUCAACUUCGUCUGAUCCAAGGCACGAUUCGACGACCUGGUAGCGGCCUAAUUCACCAUGUAAUGACCGCACGCAGCGAGGAGUUAGAGUCAGUUCAAAGUGCCUGGGAAGCGGUUCUCAAGAAUGAACCCACGUUCAACACAGCUUAUCGUAACCCUCGGGGUGGCCGUCCGCUUUGCUUGGCCGUCUGCUGGCGGCGAUUUGAGACCGAUGAUGCCGAUACACAUCAGCAAGCGCUCUCCGACUGGCGUACAGCGCUACCAUCGUGGCCUCGUUGGCGGGAUAUCGACGUCGAUGAUGUGGAUCUUGACAUUCGGUUCACCGUCAUCGAGCUCAAGGAUCAAGCCGAGUCGAUGAGAAACGGCGCAGUGGUGAUAUGGACUAUUCACCAUGCCUUGAUCGAUGGAUGGUCGGCGCAUCUGCUCCUGCAACGUGUGCAGGGUGUGCGCUGUGGAAAAGCAGUAUGCGGACCAGUCCAUGCAUGGAGCACAGCAAUGGCCGAUCUGGAAAGCUAUCGCCAGCGGCAUCGAUCAGCAGGCGAAAACUUCUGGUCCAUGUGUUCAGAAGAGCUCAAUCUAUCCAGAGGCUCAAUCUUGCUCCCGCUUCCUCCCGCCAGCGCUUUCACGGAGGGAUCAAGCUACCAACACACAGAGCAACUGUAUACCACGCUUUCCGAUCCGCUACAGAGCCGGAUUCGAUUGACAUCCCAGAGAUAUGGCGCAACUCCCUUGGCCAUUUUUUAUGCCGCCUGGGCCAUCAUCAUCUCCGUGUACAGCGAUUCGGAUGCGAUCAACUUCGGAACGGUGGUCUCGGCGCGUGGACUGCCCAUCCAGGGCGCCCUGGACGUCGUGGGCCCCAUGUUCGACACAUUGCCGUUCCAUAUGGUCAUUCCUUGGACCUCGACCAUAGAAACAUUUGUGCGGCAGAUUCACCGUCGUUUGCGGCUACUCAACGAGUUUUCUUGGACAACAUCAGAGCAUGGCUUCUGUCGAUCGUUUGAAUGUCUGUUCUCUGAGCAAAUCGAUGUGCACUCUUUGCAAGAGGACAACGACAUCGACAGCCUCUUUGAUGUGCGAACCACUGACCAGACAACGGACAUACCACUUCACGUCAUUGUUGGUCCCAAUGGACAACUGCAGAUGCAGUACUUCGUUGAGCGAUAUCGUGCAACAGACAUGAAACGACUUUGGGACCACUAUCAACGGGUCUUGGUGGAGCUGGUAAGCGACAAACACAGCUCCGUCAUGCUUGUCGCAAACUCGAGCGAAUCUACAGGUUCCAUAGCCCACCUGAGGACCUUGGGAAACUGCGAAUCGCCAAGAACGACCUGGAGCUCGUACGGUGCAGGCGACGACCUCGUGACACUCUUUGAGCAGACUGCCGAUCGGCAUUUCGAUGCGAUUGCUCUAGUCAAAGGCAAACGCCAGGUCAGUUACUCUGAACUUGACGCCUGGUCGUCGAACGUUGCCCGAAGACUUGGCCAGAUGGGUGUCCAGAGCGGCGAGAUAAUUACAGCCGACGCUGACACCUCCAUUAAUUGGAUUGUAGCCAUUUAUGCCAUCUUACGAGCUGGCGGUGUGUAUUGUCCUAUUGCUCCAUCGCUCCCGCCUGAGGCGAGAAACACUCUCUUUUCUGACUCUGGAGCGAGGGUCCAUCUGCGGACCACUUCCUCGCGGGAUGCAACGAAUGGUCAACAUCCUCCGGGCGCAUUCGUCCUAAGUAUUGAAGACAUGAUGCCGGGAUUCGGGACUCUCGGGAAGCAAGACGUCGCAAGGCGUGACCGAGCGCGAACACACGACAGCGCAUAUGUCUGUUUCACUUCUGGCUCCACUGGCAGACCAAAGGGGGUUGUCUGUACUCAUGGAGCCCUUAUGGCGUUCCAGCGCGAGGAGGAAGUUCGAUUAUACGCCAACCCCGGCGUUCACAUUGCACAAACUAUGUCUCCCGCCUUCGACGGCAGCAUCCACGAGGUUUUCUCCGCCCUGAGCUACGGGGCAACGCUUGUGCUACCGGCAUCGGGUGACCGCCUGGGGCAUUUGAAACUCGUCGACGUGGCGAUUCUUACGCCGUCGGUUGCGUCACAGUUGCAGCCAGCCGACUUUCCCCGAUUGCAGAAGCUCUACCUGGUUGGCGAACCGGUACCACAGCGAGUGUGCGACGCAUGGGCUGCGGAGAAGCAGGUCAUCAAUAUGUACGGGCCAACAGAAGCAACCUGUGGAGCAACAAUUGCCCGUCUCGAUGUCGGCAAGCCCGUAACCAUCGGCAAACCGAAUCCUUCCACACGUGUGUAUAUUCUGGAUCAUCGUCUGCGCUUGGCCCCCAUGGGUAUGAUCGGAGAGGUCUGGCUCGCGGGCGUACAGGUCGCUCGGGGGUACCUGAAUCAGAAGGAGCUCAGCAGCGAGCGCUUCCUGGAUGACAGCGUGUGUGUGUCGUUGGGGGAGCAAAUGUAUCGAACAGGAGAUCGAGGCUACUGGGACGAGAACGGAGACCUCGUUUACUGCGGUCGCAGGGAUCGACAGAUCAAAUUGCGCGGCUUCCGACUUGACUUGGACGAUCUGGAGGCGCGCAUCCUGGUGUGUUGCCUCGGAAACGCCACGGUAGCAAUCACUCUGUGCGACGACGUGGAGGAGUUGGUGUGUAUGGUGCAGACCACAGCCAUGUCAGCACACCAGGUGCGACAGCGUCUCCAGCAUUGCUUGCCGCCAUAUGCCGUACCACGACACAUCGUCGUCGUCGAACGCCUCCCCACUACAGCUGCCGGGAAGGUGGACUACAAGGCCAUUGCGCGGACCCGGACCGCGGACCGAGAAGAAGCGCUCGCAGAAACCCUCGACCUUCAGACGUCAUCCACAGACCAGAGGUUGGCGAGACUCUGGCGGAAAAUGAUUGGAGACAGAGGGCGAUUGAGCGUAACGGUAACUCCGCGUUCCAGGAUCUUGGACCUGGGAGGAGACUCUGCACUGCAGUUGCGCAUACUCUCCGCCAUCAACGAGGAAUUCGGCGUGCAGCUUAGUUGGCGCGCCCUGGCAGAGCUAGACCUCUCGCAGAUGGCCCGAGAGAUUGAUAACAAGUCGGGAGAGUUGCAGCCGUCACCUAGACUGGACAAGAGUCAAUUGUCCAGUGCAGAAGAAUAUCAUUGGCAACGGUAUCAGAUCGACCCGACCUCUGCGACGUUCAACCUGGGCUUCGCCUGCGAUUUCGAUCUAGUGUCCGUGGAUCGAGAUCGACUCGUAAGUGCUUGGAAUGCAGUACUGCAGCAUCACGAGAUGUUCCGAUGCAGAUACGUGCCCGAUGCCAACGGCAACCCACGAAGAAUAUUGGGUUCGCGACCUCAACAGGUUGCUGACAUCCUGGACGAACCACUGGAGGCCGAAAGACUGAUGAACACUCCUUUUGACCUGGAGCGGGAUAGUCCAAUACGCGUGGUCAUUUCGAGAAAAGGCAUGGUGGUAGUGUGUCAUCACAUCUCCUGUGACUACACCACAUUCACUCUCCUCAUCGGCGACGUCAUGAGAGCGUAUGAUGCAAUGGGCACAUUGCAAGACUCCGUCAGCAAUGCUAGCAUCACCAGCUACUUGUCGGCAACUUCGUGGCAUCCCAAUGUGUCGGCGUCCAUGGUGGCGUUUUGGAACGAUGCCCUGCGAGGUGUUCCACAAAUCCAGCCUCCACUGGCAGGGGCUGCAACGGGUCUCCAGAAUCGAACUUCCUACCAGGGAUCAGCGACCAUGCUACAAGCAACGAAAUCGACGAGCGAUCGGGUGGAGGAAGUCAUGAAAGCGUAUGGUGUGAGCGGGCAGCAAUUGGCGCUGGCCGCCGCUACUGUAGCAUUGGCAGUGCUGGAUGAAAACUGUGACAGUUUCGACGUCGUCAUAGGCGUUCCCUUUGCAAACCGUCGCUCACCAGAGGACGGGAGGGUGGCAGCGGGGGUCUUUCUGGAGCCAGUGCCUCUCCGCCUAGCCUUUCCUUCCGGACACCAUGUGUCCUCUGUCGACUCUCAAAGCCCUCUGCUGGGAAAAGUGCAGUCAGCGCUGUGGGGGGCCGUGACCAAUGCCAUGCCUUGGGAGCAACUCUUGCGCAAUCUAGGGAUAUGCUCUACGAAUCUCGGCCAUGACCACGCACUCUUCGACUGCGUGGUCUCAUUCCACGACUGGAGGACAGGCGCAGAAAGCGUAUACGGCAAGAUGGCUGGCAUCGGGAUGAGUCCCCAGUUCUUGUGGAGCUCGAACGGUUCCAAGUUCAAGCUGAUGAUCGAACUGAUUGUCGUAGACGAUGGACUGUUGGUGCGGCUCGAGUACGACGAAGCUUGCUAUCCCAGUCCAACACCAUCGCAUAUCCAACGGCUCUUUCUCCAUGCGCUGGAUGUCAUUGCGACU